GAAGUUCCAACACGUUACUCUUGGAUGUACAUUUUACGGUAGUUGAAUGUUCCUUUUCGGCUCUUUCUGUAGAGUAACUGUUAAAAAUAUUAUUUUGUUUGGUAGAUUCUAAUUAUAUUUAUUAAUAAAUUGCCCAGUUUAUUCUCUGCUUCUGUAAUUUUUAACAGAAUGCAAUAACAUCGUUUGUGUUUGCAGACUAGCUAACGAGUAAGCUAGCAGCUGAGCUUGUUUUGAUUAUUCGAUACAUCUUCGGUGUUUAGAUUUAGCUUCAAAUGCUAAAAAAUAAACUCUUAGAAGAUCCUUCACGUUACGGCCUGUUGAACUAGGAAGUUACUUUGGUUGUCAAAGGUCACAAAAAGUAAAGACAUUAGUAAUCGGAAACUCAAAAUAGCACACCUGCUAACUGGUUAGACUACGCUAACGUCAAACGGCGGUCCUUAAGCUUUCGCGACCUUUGUCGGGACCCUCUGGUUUGUCCCGUGCCCCGAGUAGGAAACAUCGGCGAGCUUAAAAAGCUCUCUGUUAUUCGAAUCCAAUGCGUGGGAUGAUGGGAACUCAGAGCAGCCCUGUAAAGAGUUAUGAUUAUCUCCUAAAAUUUCUACUGGUGGGAGACAGCGAUGUUGGAAAAGGUGAAAUACUGGACAGUUUGCAAGAUGGAUCAGUAGAGUCUCCAUAUGCCUGCAGCAGUGGGAUCGAUUACAAGACCACCACUAUACUGCUGGAUGGAAGAAGAGUAAAAUUAGAAUUAUGGGACACGUCAGGACAAGGCAGAUUUUGCACCAUCUUCAGGUCUUACUCUCGUGGGGCACAGGGCAUCCUGCUUGUGUAUGACAUCACCAACGGCUGGUCGUUUGAUGGGAUUGACCGUUGGAUACGAGAAAUUGACGAGCAUGCUCCAGGUGUGCCCAGGAUCCUUGUGGGAAACAGACUUCACUUGGCCUUCAAGCGGCAGGUGCCAACGGAGCAAGCGAGGGCUUACGCAGAGAAGAACAGCAUGACCUUCUUUGAGGUCAGCCCUCUUUGCAACUUCAACGUCAUCGAGUCGUUCACAGAGCUGUCACGCAUUGUGCUGAUGAGGCAUGGGAUGGAGAAAUUCUGGAGGCCCAACAGAGUCUUCAGCCUCCAAGACCUGUGCUGCCGUUCCAUCGUUUCCUGCACACCAGUGCACCUCAUCGACAAACUACCACUUCCCGUGGCCAUCAAAUCCCACCUUAAAUCUUUUUCUAUGGCUAACGGGAUGAAUGCUGUCAUGAUGCACGGACGCUCUUACUCGGUGGCUAACAGCACGGCAUCUGGUGGAAGCAGCAGUGGAAGCAAAGCUAACAGUCUCAGACGCUCAAAAUCCUUCAGGCCUCCACAGAGUCCUCCAAAAUACUCAUCAUCCUCCUCCAAGGGGAACUGUAAGAUUUCAUAGUGACAGAGUGGACUUGUUCUUGUCUCCAUGGGGCCGGUAUUAAAGGCAUUGUUGCUUCAAGAGAUCACACAGCUAGAGGAGAGCAUGGAGAGCUGCUAGCAACCUUCAUCACUGAUGAACAUAGCUGUGAACUAUGAUCUUUGGGAACUGACUGGGACAGUUGGGUUGGUUUCUGUUGUCUUUGCUCCUGCUGGUGCCAUCUUGUGGAUGUUUGUUAACCUGUACCCCUUACUACAGAGGCUCACUGUGACCGAGUAGAACAAGAUUUCCUUGGGACCAACUGAUGUGAAUUGAGGAUUACCACUCACCCAUUAACACUACAAACGUCUUGCUUUUAUGUGGAAGAGGAUUUAUAGGUAUUUAAACUGGACUUGAAGUUGUAAAUAUACUGUUUGGUGAUAGUUGUGGGGAGUUUUCGAAUGCUUGUUUUUGUCUUGAAUGUGUUGGGAGACGUUCUUUUGAUGUUCUUUUUUUACAGCAGAAAAUUACCUGUGCAACCUCGAGAGUGCUUUGCUGUUUAUUUUAAAACUCAGCGUUUCCUGAGUAUUGAUUAAAACUGGUCUUAGUUGAGUUUGAUGGGAGGAGCAGCUGUUUUCCAGAUAGACUGGAACUAAUGAAAGAUUCACGAGCAAUUUAUGGGAAAACAUUUUUAGACUGUGAGCCAAAAAGGCAAAUCAAAUUUUUCUUGUUUUCAAGCCCAACCCUUCAUCUCCAUUAUGUUUUUAUGCCUCUAGAUCCUAUCCCAUUUGAUGCAUCACUUCUUUAACUGGCUAAAAUCACUAUCAUGAUUCAUUUUAAUCUUGGCAAAUGAAGAAUUUGCUUUGGAGCCGAUGAGAAAACUGAGCAUUUUUUGCUCACAUGGAUAUGAAUUUAUAAACUCACAGGAUGUUGGUUAGAGAAACUUCAUUUUUUUAAAUCAUAGUUGCGUUUUACUGGAUGUUUUAUGUAUAUGCUAUGUAUUUAUGAAUGUAAAACGAUAUCCAUUUGCUUAUUUUCUGCAGCUAUGUGGUAACGUGUGCGAUUGUGAACAUCUGAAGGGAAAAGCUGUGGCGUACUUAAUUUCAUUCAGCAUCACUGCUUGUUUGAGUAUUUGUUCUUCUGCUCAGUGUACUUUCCAGCCUGUGUGUAGAGUAGGAACAGUUACAGUGGCUGUUUACCAUGGAAGAUGUAUUAUGGACAAAGUGUUUUAAUCAAAACGGAUUAUAUUUUAAAAAUCAAAUAAGCAACACAUUUGUUAUUCUAAUAUGAAUUUUAGUUUUCCUUCCACCACCGAUGUGCUGUGCUCAGCAUCUUCAGUGUCAUGGGUCUGUGUGUGUGUAAUAAGGUCAUCCAGGGCAUAGAGAAUGGGUGCAUGUUUCUCUUUUAUGUUGUACUGAGACCAGAACAAUAAACUACCAGAAACUCUUGAGUGAACAUUUAAAGCACAAUAUGUAAACGUUUCUUAAUGAUUAUUUCAAGGUUUAACAUUAAUAUUUUUGCCUCCAUCAAAGGCAGUGCUCCAUCAAAAUAAAGGGUAAAAGCCAAA